AUGUUUUCAAUGCUUUGGACGAGUGUAUUAGUGGCCCUUGCGGGUUUUUAUGUCUUCAUCCGCCUACGUGGUCGUGCAAGGCAAGAUCUGGCUCUCCCUCCGGGGCCGCGUCGAACAACCAUCAUUGGCAAUCUAAGGGAUCUACCAGGCGCAGAUGAACAGGACUGGCAGCACUGGCUAAAACAUAAGGAGCUUUAUGGCCCUAUUAGCUCACUUACUGUGCUAGGUAAACACAUAAUCAUCCUAAAUGAUGCCCAGUUGGCAGUUCAGCUUUUAGAAAAGCGAUCUGCUAUUCAUUCUUCGCGGUUGCAACAACAUUUCACGGAAAUGUCGGGCUGGCAAUAUGUUCUUGGGGCCCUCAGGAAUCCAGAGCAUGUCAGAGCUACACGCAAGUACUUAUAUCAAGAGAUUGGUUCGAAAAAUUCUGUUGCUUGCUUCAACGACGUUCAGGUAACGGAAGUCAGUCGUUUCCUGCUAAGGAAAAUCUCCAACAUCAUAUCCGAAAAAGCCGGAGGCAUAGUGCUGAAAAUUGGAUAUGGUUACACCAUCAAUCCCCAUUCUCGAGACCCACUGGUUGAUCUGGCUGAUAAGGCGAUGGAGGAUUUCUCCUUUGCCUUGAUCUUAACAGCAUGGGCCGUGAAUUUUGUUCCAAUAUUGAGAUAUAUACCUGCUUGGUUCCCCGGCGCAGGCUUUGUAAAUGUCAGCCGCGCCUAUAAAAUGAGAGCAGAGGCAUUCAGCAAGGUCCCAUAUGAAUUUGUGAUGAAACAAAUGAGUAAUGACAGCUUCAAGCCAUCGUUUCUGUCCAGUCUCAUUCAGAGAAACCCCGCCCUCAGACCGGGAUCCGAUGAAGAGAGGAUAAUCAAAUGGAGUGCGGGCAGCUUAUACGCUGGAGGUGCUGAUACAACGGUAUCCUCAAUUUCUAGUUUUUUCCUUGCGAUGGCCUGCUACCCCGAAGUACAAUACAAGGCCCAGCGAGAGCUGGACGCAGUGGUUGGGGUUAAUCAACUCGCGCAAUUUGAGCAUCGAGAGGACCUUCCGUAUGUCAAUGCAUUGGUGAAAGAAGUCCUACGGUGGCAUCCAGUCGUACCUACAAAUGUCCCACAUAUAUCGACCCAAAAUGAUACUUGUAAAGGAUAUUUCAUUCCAAAAGGAUCAUCGAUUGUGGCCAAUAUCUGGGGUUUCACACACGAUCCAAAAGUCUACCACGAUCCUAUGAAUUUCAAACCAGAACGCUUCUUGGCUGGUACCAGUGGCUAUCCAGAGAGAGAUCCCCAUAUGCUUGUCUUUGGCUUUGGCCGUCGGGCAUGCCCGGGGCGCACAUUGGCCGAUUCGAAUAUUUUCCUGACCAUUGCACAAUCGCUCAGCGUCUUCAACAUUUCCAAGCCGCUGAACAGUGCCGAGUUGAAAGAUGUUAAGUUUCUUCCUGGAGUCAUCAGCCAUCCUGCUCCGUUUAAGUUAUCUAUUCAACCAAGAAGUGCGGCGCAUCAGGACUUGAUUCAAUCCCUGGAACAUUCGUUCCCAUGGGAAAAGGGCGAUUCUGAACUACUACCAAGUAUCGAUAGCUAG